CCAAUGAUGGGGUGCUAUUCUUCCCACUGACACCAAUGACGGGGCACGAUUCCUCCCACUGACACCAAUGAUGGGGCACUAUUCCUCCCACUGACACUAAUGAUGAGGCACUACUCCUCCCACUGACACCAAUGAUGGGGCACUAUUUCAUCCACUGACACCAAUGAUGGGGCACUAUUCAGUCAGUGGGAGGAAUAGUGUCCCAUCAUUAGUGUCAGUGGGAGGAAUAUGGAAGGAAUAGUGCCCCAUCGUUGGUAUCAGUGGCGGGAAAAGUGCCCCAUCAUUGGUAUCAGUCGGGAGAAUAGUGCACCAUCAUUGGUGUCAGUGGGGGGGGGGGGAAUAGUGCCCCAUCGUUGGUGUCAGUGGGGAGGAGGAAUAGUGCCCCAUCGUUGGUGUCAGUGGGGGAGGAACAGUGCCUCAUCGUUGGUGUCAGUGUGGAGGAGGAAUAGUGCCUCAUCGUUGGUGUCAGUGGGGGGAGGAAAAGUGACUCAUCGUUGGUGUGAGUGGGGGAGGAAUAGUGCCCCAUCAUUGGUGUCAUUGUGGAGGAGGAAUAGUGCCCCAUUG